AUUACCAGCUCUCUUUCUUUGCAGCCUUUUCCAGCACUACUGCUAUACCCGAGGCGGCAUGCGCCAUACUUCCUACACUUGCAUCUGUGGCAGUGGGGAGAACUCAUCUGUUCUGCACUAUGGGCAUGCUGGAGCCCCAAAUGAUAAGACUAUUGAAGAUGGAGACUUGUGCCUGUUUGAUAUGGGAGGAGAGUAUUACUGCUAUGGUUCUGACAUCACCUGCACCUUCCCUGCAAAUGGAAAGUUCACUCCUGACCAGAGGGCUAUCUACGAAGCAGUGUUGAAGUCAUCACGUGCUGUCAUGAAAGCAGUCAAACCAGGGGUCGCCUGGCCUGAUAUGCACCGUCUGGCUGACCGAGUCCAUCUGGAGGAGCUGACUAAAAUUGGCAUUCUGAAAGGCAACGUAGAUGACAUGGUGAAGGUUCAUCUGGGUGCAAUAUUUAUGCCACACGGACUUGGACAUCUACUUGGAAUCGACGUACAUGACGUUGGAGGCUACCCAGAGGGGGUGGAACGCAUUGACCUGCCAGGGCUCCGAAGCUUGCGCACUGCCCGGAACCUGGAGCAGGGCAUGGUGCUGACCAUCGAGCCAGGGAUCUACUUCAUCAACCACCUCUUGGACCAAGCACUCCGUGAUCCUGCACAGUCCUGCUUCAUCAACAACGAUGUCCUGCAGCGUUUCAGAGGAUUUGGUGGCGUCCGGAUUGAAGAUGAUAUUGCGGUGACAGCCAGCGGGAUGGAGUUGCUGACGUGCGUCCCACGUACUGUGGAAGAAAUAGAGGCUUUCAUGGCAGAAGGCCAAGGCAGUGCCAAGUCAUUUGGCUCCUUGUCCAGCCAGAAGGAGUAAGCUUCAGGGUGAUGCUGAAUGUCCACGCUGAUCAGUCAUCGUUCUGAUUUAAUACUGCAGCAUAUAAAAUAACAUGCAUCCAAUUCUUCAUAGGGAGAAGAGGGCAGGCUAUUAGCUGGAUUGAUUCAUUAAUUAAAAAUGAAAGUAGAAGGCUUCAGCACUGGAUAUCCAUAUACCUCCAACGUCGCUGCUUUGCAGGCAGCAGUUGACAUAACAGGUGCCACCUGAAUAACCUUGCUACAGCAAUGAUUUCUUCCAGUUAAAUCUGAAUUUUGAUGAUAGACACUCUUUAAAAUACAGGUGAUCUGAAUGCUGCCAGCAGUUGUAACAACCUAAGUCGUUUAUUAAGCUUUAUUACAAGUAUCGCAAAAAAGAGAAAAAAAUCAGCUCUUCUCAGUGGACACAAUGACACUUAUAUUUUUCUUAUGGAUCUUAUAUCAGUGACAGUGGGGUAAGCAGAAUGAAAUUUGUAUUAAAAUUCACCCUUGGCAUCA